AUGGGGGAAGAAAACUUUGGGACUCAGCAAGAACCCAAUAUUCCAAACUCACCACCUUUGUGCAAGAUUCAAAGAAACCAAGAAGACCAUGCAACGCUCGACCCAUGCUCCUGCCCCCGCCACCCGCCCUGUUCCGCCGUCGCCCCCGUCAAGCGCCGCUCCCCCUCUUCCUCCGCCCAGCCCAGCGCCAAGAAACUCUUCUGCGACCAAGAGGACCUCUCCCUCCACGGCUUCUCCGCCGUCCACGUCCCCCUCAACCUCCACUCCCUCCUCACCAAGGGCCGUUCCUCCCCCGUCCUCCGCCGCUGCGUCUCCGACCCCUGCUGCCCGCCCAGACCCUCCGCCCUCCCGCCCCUCCCGCCCACCUUCCGGAGGAGCGUCUCCGACCUCUCUCCCUUGCCUCUGCCUUGUAUCAACUGCGAAGAAAAUACUGCACCCGACUCCCUGAGGCUGAGAAGGAUGAAAGAUCGUUUGAAGGAGAUGAAGCAGUUGUGGGAUGAGGUUAUGGAAGAUAAUGACCAAGAAGAUGGAGGAGGAGAAGACUGUCAAGUGCAUGAACAUCACAAAGUCCUGCCUAAGGAUGAUGUUGGAGAAGAGUCUGAAGAAGCAGUUAGUGUUGAAUGGGCUGAAAAGUGCUUAAGCAUUAUUUUUAGAUGUCCGUGUGGGAAAGGCUAUGAGUUUCUCCUUUCAGAAAAUAAUUGUUACUACAAGUUAGUGUAGAUGAAUUAGAGAUCUUUUAGUUUGAAAUGAUUUUUUUUGUUUUUAUUUUCUUUUGAUUUGUUAAAGAUUGUUUCUAUUUUCAUGUAUGACUUUUGGAUGUGACUAAAAGGAAUGUUAUAUCACUCACUUUCAAUAAUGUAAAUAGGAUUU